AUGGUUGGCAUGCUCUAUUCUGGCCUAGGCGCCAUCCUCAUCUCGUACUCGUCUGCUUGGCGCAUUCGCAAGACUCCGACUACGUACUUGUUCGUCGGUUACCUCAACAAGCUCCCGCUUGCCAUUAGCGGCAUCGUGUUCUUUGAUGCUCCCGUCACGUUCAGUAGCAUCUCGGCUAUUCUCCCGAAAUUCUUCAGCAGCCUGAUCUACGGUUAUGGCAAGAUGAAGCAGAAGAAACAGUCCAGCAGGACCUCCCCAUCUCCUAAUCAACCUUGA